AUGCGGAUAACACUUGGUAUGGGUAUCAGAAAAAUGGGAAUACACCCCACGGAGAAUCAAACCUUGAAUAUUUGCAAAUGCCGGACAAAAUUGCAAAGUCAGAUAGAUGAAUUCAUAUGGGCGCAUUCCAUCCCAACUGUUGGUGUAUGGAUUCUUGGCCACAAAUGCCUGGAACAAUUGUGGAACCGCUCUUGGACACAAUACUGUUACUCCCGGUCCACAUUUUUGCAUCCACAAACCACAUAUUUCAAGAAAUACCCACAACCACAUCCAUCGUUGCAUCAAGAGGGCGAUCCCAAGGCCUUGAGGUUAUCAGAUGAGAUUGCCCAGCAUGUGGCCAAGGACUUGAAAUUGUAUGGUGGGGACGCCACAUCAUUCUCACUGCAGCUGCUUUCUUUUGCUGCUGUUGUGAGAGAGAACUCAAGGGGUGGCGCCUUCGAGAGUGUCCCCGACUGGACCUCCAUUACAAACGACAACCCGCGCAUCAAGAGCCACCUGCGCUUCGACAAGACCGUGGAUUAUCUCACACCUUCCUCAUUCAAUGAUCUUGUCAUUGCCACCACAGCAACCGCCAAUCCCCCUACUGUCCUCGCAAUGGCAACCGCCAUCGUCCCACCAUCGGCACAAUUGGGCUCGCCAUCCAAGCCAUCCCUCACAGCGUCGGAUAUCCUUCCUGGGCCAGAACAGGAACUGAAAGGAUCAUCGGACCUUCGGAAGGAAAAGGCCGAGGACCCUCCUGUUCCAAUCCACACUCCCGCCGAUCCGCUGGCAAAAUACAACCUCUUCGUGGCCAGAACUAAGAAGAGGAAGGCUGCAGAAGAUAUGGAUGCCGCUGUUGCGGUAGCCAAGACCGAAUUGCCUUCUGCGUCUGAAGAGCCGGUAAAGAAAAGGAAGAUCACAUCAAAACCCAUUUCCAAGAAGGAAUGGGGUUCGGAUGAUGAUAUCGCUACUCCAUGGAAGUGCGACAAAUGUGCCAAAUUGGACAUUGCCUGCAUUGUCCUCCCCAACAAGAAAUUUGGACACAUGCGCCUCGCCUGCGCAAAUUGCGACAGCAUGAAGAUAACUUGUGCAAUCGACAGCAUUGGUGUCCGGCAGAGGUUGCAAGCGAAGUUCAACAUGAAGGAAGAGAAAAAGUUGAUGGACAUCCUUCCGGGUCAGGCUCACAUGCAACCGGAAGAUGCGCAAUCACUUGCGCCCACCAACCUGCCGGAACCAGAGCCCACUGCAAGAGAAAUCUUACAGGGCAUCCAGGACCUCGGUAGGAGAUUAGAUCUCCUCGCUGCCAAUGAGCGGGUGGACGCUUUGGAGGUCAGAGUGGGUUCAAUGGAGACAAACCUGCUUAAACGGUUGGAUGCAUUAGAGCAACGGCUAAACGCAUCUGAUGCCCGGUGGAAAUCUUUGGAAUCUUUAGGAUAG